GCUGGAUGUGUGCGGGUCCUCUGGAGACUCUUCCUCCGCAGCUCGCGCUCCAGCGCGGUUUCCGGACUCCUCCUCUGGUUCUUCGCCUCGCGCUCCUGAAGCGGGUCGACUGGACCCGGUCCUCCGGAGUUCUGCCCUCCGGAUCAGCUUCUUUCUCUCUGCUGGUGGACUUUAUUUGCAGGGACUGUGCGCGCGCUUCCGGUGCUGAUUCCUCAGACUGUCUUGACAGCAGCUCUCUGCCCCACACACACACACACUCACACACACUCACACACACUCCUCUGCCAGCAUGGAAAACACACCUUGAGCCCUCUCCGCUCCGUGCCAUGGAUUCCUCCACCAACAGUUUGGACGACAUGUCAGCCGGCAGCAGCGCCGAGUUCCCGGACCGGGCGUCCCUGAUGGAGGUCCGUCUGCAGGCGCAGGAGGACGAGAUCACGCUGCUGAAGUCCUCGCUGGCGGACGCCCUGCGCAGGCUCCGCCUCCACGACCAGCUGCUCCCCCUGCUGAAGCAGCAGCUCAUCGCAGUGAACCCCUCAGCCGCUCGGGUGCUGAACCAGGCCUGCUGCUCGGACGCAUGCAGCGGCGGCAGGAAGCUGAGCUCCGGGUCCGGGCCGGACGGGAUCCGUCAGUCCAGCAGCCAACUCUCAGAGAGCGUUGUGACCAAAGCUAACGGCCACAUAGGAGGCCCGUUGUCCACGGACUUCAAACCCAGACCCGCCACCCUGGACCGGUCCACCCAGACCGAGCCCGGCCCCCCGGGACCGGAGGCCGGGCAGGACCGGGUCCCCCUGCACAGGCGAGUCCUUAGCCUGCAGCUGGAGGACGCCCUGCCCCCGGGUCCGCCCGGGUCCACGUCCGGGUCGGGCCAGGCCAGACUGCACCGCGUCCCCGGCAUGGAGGAGGAGGACGAGGAGCCGGAGGAGGACGAGGAGGGCGGGGGGGAGCCGGAGAAGGAUCUGGCCUGGAUGUCUUCGGUGGAGGAGCCCAUCCAGCCCGCCGCCGUCCGGGGCCUCCAGAGGGAGGACUUCCGGGCCCGGAGCUGCUCCCCGGAGGAGCCCGGCUCUGCCAGGACCUCCGAGCAGACCCCGGGGCCCCGCGCCGCACCCCCCCAGGCCCCGGUCCUCAGAGGACCGAAGCCGCUGGUUCGAAGGAACAGCGAGAAGCUGGCGGGCCAGGACAGUCAGAGGAAGCGUCUGGACAAGAAGGCGGCGUCUUCGGCUAACCUGCUCGCCCGCUCGCCCAGCCUGGAGAACCGGGCCAAGGACCUGAUGUCCAGCGCAGGUUCCUCCGGCUCCAGGAGGGGAACCUACGGUCAAGGACAGUCCAUCAAGAUGUUCAUCCGGGGCCGGCCCAUCACCAUGUACGUCCCGUCCAACAUCCAGAACUACGAGGAGCUGAAGAUGGAGCCUCCGUCCCAGAGGCUGGAGCUGGACUGGGUGUAUGGGUACCGGGGGCGGGACUGUCGGGCCAACCUGUACUUCCUGCCGACAGGCGAGGCGGUGUACUUCAUCGCCUGUGUGGUCGUGCUCUAUCACAUCAACAGCCGCACACAGCGGCACUACCGCAGACACACCGACUGCGUCCGCUGCCUCACCGUCCAUCCUGAUAAGGUCCGGGUGGCGUCGGGUCAGAUGGCCGGCGUGGACAAAGACGGGAAGCCCCUGCAGCCCUGUGUUCACAUCUGGGACUCGUCCACGCUGGUCACCCUGCAGCAGAUCGGCCUGGGAGCCUUCCAGAGGGGCGUCGGCUCGGUGGCCUUCUCCGUGGCGGACUCGGGGGCCUUCCUGUGUGUGAUCGACGACUCCAACGAGCACAUGCUGUCUGUGUGGGACGCCACCAAGGGCACCAAGCACGCCGAGGUCAAGAGCACCAACGAGGCGGUGUUCGCGGUGGAGUUCAACCCCGACGACAGCUCCAACAUCAUCACCUGCGGCAAGUCCCACGUCUACUUCUGGACGCUCAGCGCCGGCCAGUUCACCAAGAAGCAGGGCAUCUUCGGGAAAUACAAGAAGCCCAAGUUCAUCCAGUGCUUCAUCUUCAGCCUGACGGGGGACGUCCUGACCGGGGACUCCGAGGGCAACAUCCUGACCUGGGGCAAGUCGGCCGCAGACAUCAAGACCCUGGGGAAAGGGGCCAAAGAGACGUUCCAGAUCAUGCGUCAGACCAAAGCUCACGAGGGCAGCGUGUUCACCCUGUGCCCCCUGCAGGGCGGCGCUCUGCUCAGCGGGGGAGGGAAGGACCGCAAGAUCAUCCGCUGGAGCGCCGACCUGGCGCCGGAGAGAGAGUGUGAGAUCCCAGAGAACUUCGGGGCGGUCCGCACGUUGGCGGACAUGGAGGACGGGGAGCUGCUGGUGGGCACGACGAGGAACGCCAUCCUGAGAGGGAGCUUCUCUGACGGCUUCGUGGCCAUCGUGCAGGGCCAUGUGGAUGAGAUGUGGGGUCUGUCCACUCAUCCCUCUCAGAACAUCUUCCUGACCUGUGGUCAUGACAGACAGGUCUGUCUGUGGAACACUGAGGAACACAAACUGGACUGGAGCCUCAUUCUGGAGGAAUACGGUCUGUGUGCUGACUUCUGUCCGAACGGUUCGGUGGUUUCAGUCGGCCUCAGCACAGGGAGGUGGGUGGUGUUGGACCUCCUGACCAAGGAGGUGGUGUCAGAGUUCACCGAUGGGAACGAGCAGCUGUCCGUCAUGAGAUAUUCACCAGACGGAAGCUUUCUAGCGGUCGGAUCUCACGACAACUUCAUCUACAUCUACAGCGUGACGGAGAGCGGCCGGAGGUACAGCCGCUUCGGCCGGUGUAACGGUCACUCCAGCUUCAUCACUCACCUCGACUGGUCCAAAGACGGAAAGUACAUCAUGUCCAACUCAGGAGACUACGAGAUCCUCUACUGGGACAUCGCGUCGGGCUGCAAGCUGCUGAGGAACCGCUUCGAGAGCAAAGACAGGGAGUGGGCUUCGUACACGUGUGUGCUGGGAUUCCACGUCAUGGGUGUGUGGCUGGAGGGCUCCGACGGCACGGACAUCAACGCGCUGUGCCGCUCCCACAGCGAGAGGGUGGUGGCCGUGGCCGACGACUUCUGCAAGGUGCACCUCUUCCAGUACCCCUGCCCCAAGCUCAAGGCGCCCAGUCACCGGUACGACGGCCACGGCAGCCACGUCACCAACGUCUGCUUCACCCACAGCGACUCCCACCUGCUGUCCAUCGGCGGGAAGGACACCUGCAUCCUGCAGUGGAGGGUGCUGGACAGCAGGGAGCGGCUGGCCUCCGCCUCCGCCUCCGCCUCCUCCUCCACCUCCUCCCCGGAGCCCGGCGCCUGCUGAGAGCAGGCCCAUCACAUCCUGGUGAAAACUGGACCGAGCAAGGCACAGGGCCUCGCCGCUCCCGGUGGACAUUCCUAUGUCUCACUACUUCCUGUUUACCACAAAUCAAGACUCUUUUUUGUUGUUUUUUUUAAUAUACUCUGAGUAUUUUGUAAGCAGUGUUUGAUCGGCUGAUGCUGAAGCUGCUUCACGGCUCGCUGACACAUGAGAUUUUGUACAAUGAGCAACAUGAAAGUUUUCAAAAUAAGCUUUAUGUCAUUUCAGAUUUAUACAAGUCCAGAGCUCUGUGUGUGUGUGUGUGUGUGUGUGUGUGUGUGUGUGAGCGAGAGAAUGAGACUCAGUUUGUCUGUGUAUUUGUGCAGUCCUAAUCAAACUUGUAAAUGUCUGAAUUCGUUACUCUGAUUUGUCCAUCUGUCGGUUUGAGGGUUUGUUUGCCCUCGGUUCUGACUCGCAGGCUCUCGUCAUUGAAGCCAGGUCCCUGUCUUAUUGAAAUCAUUCAAAAACCUUGAAUGCGAAGAAAAACAUUGCAGGACAAAAGAAUCCUGACAGGACUGAACCUGUCAGUCGACACUGAGGGCUGAGCCCACUUUUGGAAGUCCCCGCCAGUUGCUUUCGGCUUCUUUUCUGGACAGAUCUGCUCAUCGUACUGGACCCCGUGUGUCACUGCUCCUCAUGCCUUCAGACUGUGACCGGCCCGUUCAGCAGCUCAAAGUAACCCACAGAUCAGUACACUUGAAAAUCAUUACACAGUUCUGCGUGUAUUUAAACCAAUACUGUGAUGUAUCAGUCAAAGCUCUCAAUAAAAACGUGAAGACUGGA